ACAAUCGAGGCCUACUUAUGAGUUCUAAUCCCUCCCAGACCCAGAUUAGAAACGGGGCAAGGCAAAAUUAACCAACGAUACCAUCAAACAACCAGGCAACUCUUCUUAACUAUUCCCCUUUGGCCGUCGGCGCGCGGAGGCAGGGGUGGCGUACGGCGGCGGCGGCAACCAUGAACAUCAACGCGAACGGCGGCAUCCUGUCGUACGGGAACAUGGAGGGGUACGCCCGUUGGGUGGCCACGGGCGUGGCGUCGGCCUUCUUCGCGUCCCUGGAGCGCUUCUCCUGCAUCCACCUCCACACCGCCGAGGACGACGGCAGCGACGAGGACCCCGACGAGGCCAAGGACCGCCCCCUCAUCUUCUCCCGCCCCGACGCCCUCCCCGAGUACUACUACAGCCGUUCCGCAUCCUCCGUCUCCUUCGCCAAGAUGUGACAUGCAUGAUCUGAUCUGAGACGGGAUCGCGCGCGGUGCCGUCGUCGUCUGUGCGCCAAACGAUCCGAUCCGGCCGUCUCCUCAUAGGUUAGGUUGGUCAUGUCUUGCAAAUUGUGAAAUUGUAUUGUAUCCGCACGAUUCCCCGGCGCGUUUGUGUUCUUGCCAUGUCCUGGCCUCCUGUCUGAUUUGGGCGUACUUCUGAUCUGAUGGAUUUGUAAUUAGGCACCUGCGUUGUAUGGUGUGGAUUAUUCUGUUUUUACUUCUCCCUCUUCUUUUGUUAAUACCUUUUUUUUGAAAGGUUCUUCCUUUAUUAAUAUCGGACGGCAUUGUUGUGCCUGCCCAUCUUGGAUCCA